GUACAGCUACCCGGAGCCACCGAGACAGCAGCCUCCUUCCAAUUCGAGGGAGAAGAUCACACACUAGGCAACGCUCUCCGAUAUGUCAUUAUGAAGAACCCCUCCGUCGAAUUCUGCGGCUACACCAUUCCUCAUCCCUCAGAAGCCAAGAUGAAUCUUCGUAUCCAGACAUAUGACUCCACCACAGCAGUCGAAGCACUAGAGAAAGGCCUCGAUGACCUGAUGGACCUGUGUGAUGUCGUGACUGACAAGUUCACCACGGCCCGUGAUGAGUUCAAUGCUGCGCAGCAGGAUCGGAUGACUGCUUGA